AUGACUGACUCGUUCGCGUAUACACUGCAUAGCUACGCGCAAACCACUUUUACGAUACCCAACAACGGCUCUUUCGAAUCUUACCAGCUGUAUAAAGCUCCCCGACUUCGGUACGUCUACAUUCAGCACAACUUAAAAGUGACCGGGAUCCAUAUCGCAAACUGCUCACUACAUGCUGUACCGAAGACGAUCCGGAAUGUGCCUCAUCUGACAAGUUUGAUAAUCCAGUCGUGUCGCAUACAGUAUCUGGAUCUGAACGAUAUGGUGCAUCUGUCGACCCUGCAUACCGUCGAUCUUAGUUACAACCGGAUAGUGUCCAUUGUGGAGCUUCCGUCGGCUACGAUACUACAUGUUCACAGGCUUUAUCUCACCGGCAAUAGACUCCGUCAUCUGAAUGUGAGGGUUCUGCAUGCAUUGACAAUGCUACGCUGUCUGGUUUUGGAUGGCAACCGGAUAGAGGAGAUCACACCUCCUUUAAUAAAUCCCUCGAUAGAAGAGUUUUCGAUACGGAGCAACAGGUUAAGAACGCUGAACUGCACCGACUGGCGCCUGCCGGAGUUGCGAUAUUUCUUCUGCAGCAACAACCAACUAACUUCCGCCCCGAUUGAAUGGCAAUCGAUGUGGCGGAUCGACAUGCUGGAUCUUUCGUUCAAUCGGUUGCGCAAUUUUUGGAUGGAUGAUAUCUACCUCACCCACCUCCGGGCACUCAAUCUGGCCGCUAACGAGCUGACCAAUGUAACCACCAACCAGAGACAGUUGCGGAUUCCACUCGAGAGACUGCAGCUCGGCCACAACCGGCUCACGGUGCUGGACAUUUCCCGGUGGGACAUGCCAAAUCUUUGGGAAUUGGGCGUGGGUCACAAUCAGCUUACCGAGCUCGGUGAUGUUUUUUUACGAUUUCCUAACCUGGAGACCAUGUUGAUUAUGCGUUAUAACAAUUGGUCCUGCACAUGGUUGAAACGAGUUCAUCCUGGUGAUAUACGGCGCAGAAAUUACGGUUGUCUACGUACGAACCAAAGUUGCCCUGUUGGCAGGUUGAUGGUGGCAGAGAAUGUUUGGAUUUGCUGUUGGUAA